AUGAGAACUUUCUUUGCUCUUCUUUUGGUUGCUUUAGUUUCUGCUAAUUCAGAGGGACUUGUUUCUCUCAACCCAGAUAACUUUAAGACUUACCAAAAUAGUGGAAAAACUCUUUUAGUUAAAUUCUUUGCACCAUGGUGUGGACAUUGUAAGAGACUUGCUCCUACUUACGAAGAAGUUGCACAAGCAUUUGCUGAAAAUGAAGAUGUUAUUAUUGCUGAAGUAAAUUGUGACGACCACAGAGAACUUUGCCAAGAACAUGGAAUUAGAGGAUUCCCAACCGUUCUUGUUUUCAAUGGUGAAGAAAGCAAGAAAUUCCAAGAACAAAGAACUGUUGAAGAAUUAAAGAAAUUUGUUCUUGAAAAUGUUCCAGCCAAAAACUAA